AUGUAUGAAAUGCUGGUGGGAUAUCCGCCUUUUUAUUCCGGACAUUCGACAAUCGCUGUAGGAAGUGGAGGAGAUGGAGGAGGCGGUGACAGUGGUGCUGGUGAACAAAAAAUGAAGCAUUUCAUACAUUGUGAGGCUUCUGAUUCAUUGGAAAAAUCAGUUCGGGAUACUACUGGAAGAAAGCAUGAUGAUUCGAAAGGCAUGUCGUCGUUUUCUGGAUCGUCGAAAAGAUCGCGGGUGCAGAAUCGAUUACAAAAUAUGAUUUUCUCUGUUGAUGGAUGCAACACGGAUCUUAGUGAUUGUAGAGAGUAUCAUAAGCAACAUAGAGUUUGCGAAAAACAUUAG